GCAGGAUUUGAUUCAUCUUGCCCGCUCACGGAGCUAGCCAUAUAAUAAGCUCAGAUAUUUGUCUGCAGACAUCAUCUGUUCAGAAAAGCGAACAGUUUCCGGAGAACGAAACUCGAGGAGAACUGUGAGCUUCGAGGAACAGAUAAUGUCCAAGGAAAAAUACCCGAGCAUAUUUUCGUACCAAAUGGAGGCUAUUGUGUUUAUUUUCCCUCAAAUAUAUCACUCGGACAAUCCCUAGUUUUAGCUGGGGUGAGUUCAGUCAUGUGACGCGUUUUUAAAUUUAGACCAAUCGCGUGCGCGCUGAUAUGUUAAAUAGGAAACAAAAGUUACACUACGUCAACUAUGUCAUGGUCAGUCGCCGUCACCGAUUCCCGAAAAUAGAAUUUUUUUAACGUUAACACAAGGGUUUGUCAACAUCUAAAAUAAGUUUCGGAUAAGAUGCCUCGAAGACAAUUUUACACUGAACAAAUCAGCGCCUGCUUUCGAUUUAAUUUUCUUUUUCAGAAACUAACCGAUGGCUUGGACGAGAUUUCCUCGGCGCUGGCUUAAGCCACUUUUGGCCUUAAACGCUGUUUUAGUUCUUUACGUUAUUAGCAGCUUUAAAACAGAGCCUGAAGCAUCAAACAUCUCAGAAACAUUCCCAAGGAGAGAAGAUGUUAGUCUCCACAGCAUGGAAUUCAUUCCUAAUACAUGGCUGAGUCUUACAAACAGGGAAACUAUUUCCAUCUCUUACGCAGAGAAACGUUUCAAAUUGUACGAUGGAGUGGAGACAUUUGUAAUGUUCAUUGGAUAUCCUCGUAGUAGUCAUAGCUUGGUGGGCGCCAUGUUGGAUGCACAUCCAGAAAUUAUCAUUCCACACGAGUACGAUGUGAUACAAAAUUGGGGAAAAUAUAAUCAGUCAUCAACAGUUUCAAAGAGAAACUUGGCAAAAUAUAAGUUAUUUUUUGACCUCCAUCACUUAUCCACAAAACAAGCAAUGUUCCUAAGUCGUUCUAGCGACUCCGUGUCGGGCGAUAGAUACAAAUAUAACGUGCCCGGCUUAUGGCAAGGAGGAUAUCAAACAAGGAUAAAGGUAAAUAAAAAAGUAAUAUAAAUUAAAAUAAAAUAAAGAUUUCGCCCAUUUUAAUUGAUGCUUAAAAGCGUCUUAUACGUCAGUAAUACAAUAAUCUUCAAAACAAUGCACUGAGUAACAGGGAGCCAGUGAAGCUUGAUCAACAACGGAGUUACAGAAUCAAACUUCGUUUUACGCAAAAAUAGAAGGGCAGCACAGUUCAUAACUGUGUUGUGUUCUUGGGCAAGACACUUAACUCUCACAGUGCCUCUCUCCACCCAGGAGUAUAAAUGGGU